GAAUUAUACAGCAGAGAGUCUACCGAGUGGCCUUAGAACGAAGAUAAGCAGUCAACUUGUUACACCCAUCUCAAUCAGUAUCGAGAAAACCGGAUUGCAAUGAAUCCUACAAUAAUGGCUAACCAUUCCGUUCUUAUUUUUAUUUUCAUGUACAUAUCUACGUAUGUCCACGGUGAAGAAAACAUUCCGUGUGUUACUCCGAGUGGAGCACCAGGCCAGUGUGUUCCCCUCAAAAUGUGUUCUAAUAUCUUCACCCUGACGGUACUUUCUAAGAACAUUUCGACGAAAACGGCAAAUUACAUGAAAAGCGCAGAAUGCAAUCUUCAGCGAGCGACGGUGGAAAAGGGAAUCUGCUGCCAACCGGAACGUAUUUUCGAGUUACCUGAAAGAUGCGGUCUCGCUGUGCACGGUAAACUUGCACACGGCAACGCAACAAAAGUGUUCGAAUUCCCUUGGAUGGCUCUACUAAUGUAUCGGGAUUUCUCGACGGAUGAAUUAGUGGGCAACUGCGGUGGCACCCUAAUCAGUGAUCGUUACGUUUUGACGGCAGCCCACUGUUUGUUUGCCGGGAGACUUUUGAAGCUAGAGUACGUACGACUUGGAGAACACACCAUAAGUAAAGAGAUCGAUUGCAACAACUAUACCGAUUCGAGUGGCGUCACCGAACUUGAUUGUGCUGAGCCGGUAGAAAAUAUUCUCAUAGAUUCAUACAUUAUUCAUCCACAAUAUCGCAGAACGUUCGAUGGCGAUGACGUUGGAUUAAUUCGUCUAGAUCGUAAAGUUAUAUUCAAAGAUCACAUUCAGCCUAUUUGUCUCCCGAUAUCCUCUCAUCUGAAGGACGUUCUCCUACCGGAAUACUUGGUUGCGGGUUGGGGUCUGACCGAGAACCAAGAUAAAUCUGACGUCCUUCUGAAGGCCAAAUUGCCCCGAGUGGAACUUCAAGACUGUCGAAAUAAAGUUGAUAGCGCCCUGAAGAAGCGGCAAAAAAUUACAAUAAGUGAGAAACAAGUCUGUGCGGGCGGUGUCAAUUUGGUCGAUAGCUGUCAGGGUGACUCUGGUGGGCCCCUAAUGUGGCCGACAGAAUAUCGGAACCAAACCCGCUUCAUUCAGUUUGGUGUGGUUUCGUAUGGUAUCGAAUUUUGUGGAGUGAUCGAUUUUCCAGGUGUUUAUGUCCGGAUUGGUAGCUACGUUGGUUGGAUUGUGGCCAACAUGAAGGCUUGAUGUGUUUGCAUAGUUUGUUUACACAAUUAAUAUUAUGUAAGCUUUCACUAUUAUGAGUUUGUUUAAAUAAUAAAAUAAACUUGUAUGUUUUUUUUUGCGCUGAAUAAUACUAAUAGCAACUCCAAAAAGCUAUGAGAACAGCGAUCAGAUCA